AUGCUCAACGACCUCCGACAACAACUCCAAUGGAACGAAGCUCGUCGCCGCAACGCGCGUCAUCACGCCGCGGCGGACAACACACUGACGGCGGAGCUGUUCGUCGCCUGCGCGGAGAAGGCGCAGCUCCGUCUCCACUGUCAUGGACAUCAGCCUAGGAUUACAGAAAUUUUUGAAGUUACUUGUACAGUGAUUUUAAGGACAAAUGGUUGGACGGUUACCAUCAAUUUGAUUCAUGCAAUGAGUAUAAAGACAAUGGUUCUGCGACAGGCACGUUUGGAACCUGGUAACAGCGUGAGGGCUCUCGCAAUGGCGAGGCGUCUGGGAUUCGUGCUGGCUUUGGGGGCGGUCGUCCUUCUCGCUGCCGCGGCCACAACCACGGCGCAAUCAGACAAGGGCAAGGUGCCACCCAAGGCGGAGGGGCCGAAGCCCAAUGGGGAGGGGCCGAAGCCGAAGCCCAAGCCAAAGCAGGUCAAGUGCAAUGUCAACCGCAAGGAGAAUCCCUACUGCUUCAACAAGAAGAUGGACUGCCCCGACGACUGCCCUGAGACAUGCUUCGCCAGCUGCACAGAAUACGACUGCAAAGCUGUUUGCGCGUGCGACCAACCGGGAGCUGCGUGCGGCGACCCACGCUUCAUCGGCGGCGAUGGCAACGCGUUCUACUUCCACGGCCGCAAGGAUGCCGACUUCUGCGUCGUCUCCGACCGCGACCUCCACAUCAACGCGCACUUCAUCGGCAAGUCCGGCCACAGCGGCAUGUCCAGGGACUUCACGUGGAUCCAGGCCAUCGCCGUGCUCUUCGACGGACACCACCUCUACGUCGGCGCCAGGAAGACCGGCACCUGGGACGACGCCGUCGAACACCUCGAGAUCACCCUCGACGGCGAGCCCGUGCACCUCCCGGCUGACCAGGUCGACGCUGCCAAAUGGACGUCCAGCCGUGUCCCCGCGUUGUCCUUGACCCGCACCAAGGCGGCCAACGGCGUGCUCGUCGCCCUUGACGGGAAGUUCAGUGUCAGGGUCAACGCCGUGCCCAUCACCGAGGAGGACUCAAGGGUGCACCGCUACGGCGUCACCUCCGACGACUGCCUUGCUCACCUCGAGCUCGCCUUCAAGUUCGACGCGCUCACCGACGACGUCCACGGCGUUGUCGGCCAGACGUACCGGUCCGACUACGUCAACAAGCUCGACGUCAGGGCCUCCAUGCCCACCAUGGGAGGAGAUGCCAGCUUCACCGCUUCCAGCCUGUUCGCGGCGGACUGCGCCGUGGCGCGCUUCGGAACCAUCCGUAGUAACAACGAAGCUUCCGUCAGGUCGGAGCUCGCUGGGAUCACCUGCGCCAGUGGUAUGGACGGCCAAGGCGUGGUGUGCAAGAAGUAA